CGUCGCCAAAGCUCGCUCGCUCGUCCGCGCCCACGCCCACUUUGCGCUUUCGUCGCGCCAGGAAGCUCCUCCGAGCUGCCCCUCACCGAGCUCUGCGCCUAGCUUCGUCAUGCACUUGAAGCCGGCCAGCCUGACUGCGCCGCCGCCUUGACAACGCCUGUCCCCGCAUCCGCACCUGCACCGUCGCUCGCGAAAAUGCCCGCCCAGCGCCAGCGCGCCUCCUUUGAGCCAAUCCCUCCCAACUUCGACGUGCGCCAGCUCGUCGAGAAUACCGACAACUUCCAAUAUGUAGAUCGCAUCUCCGUCGACAUGAUCCAGCAGCAGGGCAUCGAGCAGUUCGAGAAGCUGGUCCUGCUGCACGUCGUCAUUGGAGGCAAGCCUUUGGUCGUCGAUGGCUUUGAGGACCUGCUGGAUCCUUGGACUUUCACUCCGGGUUGGCUCAUGGCUAACCAGGGCGACAAGGUCGAGGAUGCGCGGAACCUUACCGCGAAGGAGAACCUGCCUUUGACGAUGGGUCACUACCUCAAAAACAUGGGUCUCUUGACAGACCAGUACUUCGAGAAGCCCGACAACUACAAGGAAAAGAACAGACAGAGGAUUUAUCUCAAGGACAUCGAUUGCCCACAAGUGUGGCAUGACAAGCUGAGGGAGCAUAUCCCACCUAGCUUGUUUUACUUGAAUGAGAGCACGGGCGAUAUCGGUGGUCUCGGUGCUGUCGAUGAGCCAAUACCAAAUGCCGCGGGUAGGAGAAAGGGAAAGGGCAUUGCAAGAGCUGGGGACUUAAUGAGCUCUCUUCCUCCAGACAUGCGCGCACAAAACCUCCAGUGCUACAUCGGGCACGAAGGCACCUACACACCAGCUCACCGCGAGAUGUGCGCAUCUUUAGGACAGAACAUUAUGGUUAACGCUUCUGCCACCGUUGGCGAAAAUGGCAAGCCUGAAAAGCCAGGCUCCUCGAUAUGGUUCAUGACGGAAGCGAAGGACCGUCAUAUGGUCUCCGAGUACUGGCUUUCGGUACUCGGACAUGACAUCGAGGUCGAAAAUCAUUUUGCUCAGCUGGCCGCGUGGAAGCACGCACCUUUUAAGACUUUCGUUGUAGAGCAGCGACCUGGAGAUUUCAUAUUGAUCCCGCCUCUUGCACCUCACCAAGUAUGGAACAGGGGAACCAGAACCGUGAAAGUUGCCUGGAAUCGAACCACCGUCGAGACCUUGGAGAUGGCGUUCAAAGAGGCCUUGCCUAAUGCUCGUAUGGUGUGCCGCGAUGAGCAAUACAAGAACAGGGCCAUUGUCUACUACACUUUACAAAAGUAUUCCGGUUUGCUGAGGCAGGCCAAAGUCCAGAGCGAAGCCAGUCAAGAGGUGGCGGUUCAGCUCAAGGCAAGUAUUAAGGUGAGACAAGUACAGAGAGAUUUUAAGCGACUGUUCGAGCUUUACAAAGGCAUCCUUUUGUCCGAGAUGUUUGCGCCCGAUGCACCAAAGGAACACCCGGAAUUUCUCCCUUACGAGAGUCAUGUCACCUGCGCCUACUGCCGUGGAAACAUAUUCAAUCGCUUCCUCACCUGUAAAUCUUGUACGCACGCUCUAGGAACGGAUGCCGAAGAACCCUAUGACGUAUGCAUGGACUGCUAUGCUAUGGGUCGUAGUUGUGCCUGCAUUUCCGGCUUGAAGUGGGUUGAGCAAUGGAGGUGGAAAGACCUCCUUUACAAAUACGAGGAAUGGCGCAAGCUUGUCGUUGAUCUUGAUGAUGGGCGGAUAACGGAGAAGACGCCGUUACCGCUGCAAGAAGAGCGCCGGGGUUUGAUGAAGAAGACAUUAGCCCAGGUCUGCCAAGAGCAGUUGAAGUUCCGGCCAUGGCAUGACAUCAAGAAUCCGCAAGCCAGGGAAGAAGAUGACAAGUCUGACGAAGAGAUUAUCGUUAACGAUGAUGGUACAGUGAAAAAGACUGUCAAGAAGAGAUCCAAGGCGUGGCUAGCAAAUCACCGCAGCUGCCACGUUUGUUUCCACAGGCAUCCAAAAUGGAAGAUGGCGGGUUGCACGACAUGCGACUUAUGGUAUUGUUAUGGAACCCUAUUUCGCGCACAUGAUAUGAUGCCUCAAACCAUCAUGGAGAAUCCUCGGUGGCAGUGCCCGCAUUGCCUCAGGGUUUGCUCUGCUGGAAAUUGCAGGAGGGAUCCCAGACAGCAUCCCUACGAACCAAAGGGUACGCUUUUAGGACACGAUACCAGAAAGGUGGCAGACGCACGAAGUGUGGAAGCACUGGUCGACUUCAGUGUGUCAAACCUCAAUUGGUUGCGGGAUGAGGACCCUACUCCUGGUGGGAGUGCAAGGUUGCGACGGCGUAGAGAAGAGGCUGAAAGGGAGAAACUCACCAAUCCGAUGCAUGACGAACGAUUUGUGGAUGACGAUAACCUGUACGACCAGGAUUUGGAUCAGACUCAGAUUGAGUACUCCCCUGCCCCUGGAGCUGAGGACGAGAGCUUCUUGAAUCCAUCACUUCGCUCAAAUCCUUCCAACGGUAACACGUUACCUCCGCCAUCAGCGAUGCUUAACGGGGCCAGGCCGCACAACGGGUCUCCUCUCUUCAUAGCACAGUAUGACGGCGCAUCGCCCCAUGCUCCUUCACGUUCUGCUAUGUACCGCGAAGACAUGAUGGAUGUCGAUGACGACAACUCUCUUUACCCGAACAUUGAUGGUGAAGAUGUCCAAGUCUUCAAGAGCUCACACAAGCGUCGUCACGUUGGUGACCCCGACGACCUAAUCAAGCUGAGUCAGUCGAAGAGGCAGAAGACUUCCAAGGAGAAAUCCGCACAGGCCAAGAGUGAUGCCACUAAGCAAUUCUUGAAGCAGCAGGAGAAACAGAAGCUCGAGCAGGCCAAGAAAGACGGUCGCUUCAUUCAAGUCCUCGCCGCGAUGAAGGGCCGGAAAGCCGUUGUCACGCUGCGCCUCCCCAGUGAUAGGCUCGCUGAGAUCCGCGCACGCGAUCUUGAAAAGCGGAACAGACAGCGAGCAGCCUUUGGCCGUGAUGGCAUAAACGACGACUCUGCUCAGAACGGCGAGAUUGCUAUUCUGCGUUCCGACAUUGCAAACGGCAAGCAAGCUGGGCCUGGUGCCGAUGGUGCACCGAAAACGAAAAAGCCAAACCAGGUCCGCGUACGCAUGGAAGAGGACGAAGACUUCGGCGGCCCGAAGAGGAAGCCGAGGACGCGGUUCGAGAGUAUUAGCGUCGGCUCAUCCGAAGAUGAAGAUCUCGACGACAUGCACGACGGCGAGUACCCAGCGCCGCGCGAACGAAGCCAGCGCCGUGCGCGUGCCAACUCGGGAGAGCUGGUUGAGCUGCCAGAGGACUGGCGCGAUAGCCGUGCUAGCAAAAGGGAGCGCAACGCAGGCCGCAGACAGACACUGGCGACGGCGGGCGCGCAAAUCAGGCCUUCCGGAGGCAAGAAGAAGGGACGGCCACCGCGGGCCAGCACUGGACAGAUGCGCUCGGCGUUUGGUGGCGUCAUUAGCAGUGGCGAGGAAGAGGAGUCGGGACUAGAGGACGAAUCGUCGCCGCCACAGCAACAGCCUGCUCCAAUGGCGCCAAUGUACCAAGCCACCACUGCCAGGGAGGAUCCGGCCGCCGUUGCAGCCGCCGCAGCAGAAGCACAAGCGAAAGCCAAGGCCAAAGCCCAAGCCGCAGCAGAAGCCAAAGCCGCCGCAGCCGCCUCGCGCGCCGCCCGGCAGAAAGCAGAGCAAGAGCGCAAAGCGCGGGCCGAGCAAGCGGCGCGCGAGGCCGCCGAGGCAAAGCGCAAAGCGCGCGAGGCGGCGCGGGUGGAAGAGGAAAACAGGCUCGCGAAGCUGGAGGCGGCGAGGUGGGCUCGCGGCGACGACGACUUUAGCAGCGACUCGGAGGAGCGGCGGCGACGCGCCGACGUCAGCAGCAGCAGUCCGGAGGUGGCGCGGCAGAGCCUGAAGGCGAAACCGAGUAUUCUUAACAGGACUGGGCGCGGAGGGAAGAAGAUCAGGAUCGUGGGACCGGCGGGCAGGGCUGCUUUGGCGAAGCCUGGUGCUGGUGCUGGUGCUGCUUCUGCGGCGUCGGCGGCUUCAGCCUCGACAUCGACAUCGAAAUCUGCGCCAGCUGGUGCGCUGCCGAUGAGGAGCGCUUCUUCGCGCAAGAGCGGCAGCAGCAGGAAGGCUAACGAGGUCCAGCUCAGCGAUACGGAGAGCGAGAGCGAGAGCGAGUCUUCGGAUAGCGGCGGCGAGAUCCUGGCGCGUGCUGCUGUUGUUGCGCCGGCGGCGAAGACGGGGGCGCCCGCUUUGCGUGGUGGUGGUGGUGGCACUGCUGGUGCGGUGAGAGGUCGUGGAGGGGCGAGGGCGAGGGCGAGGGCUAGGGGACGGGGUCGGUAGGUCGUAGGUGUUAGGUUGGUUGGUAUGGUGGGGGUGGGGUCGUUGCGGUUGUGCGUGGCUUGCGGUGGUACUUAGCUGCCUACCUAACUUUGUACUUUCGUACCUGCCCGACUGGCUGGCUGCUUUUUGCUUUUUGGCUUUUCUGCGAGCGAGCUAGCUACAUACUGUGGCUUGAGUACAUGGAUGGAUGAGUGGGUGGGGCUGGUCUGUACUGUGCAGGAAAUACGAAUGCGAAUGGAAUGGAUGGAUGGAUGGAUGGAUGGAUGGAUGGAUGGAUGGAUGGAUGGAUGGAUGGAUGGAUGGAUGGAUGGAUGGAUGGAUG